UCGUGCGGCGUAGACGCGGUUGUUUGAGUGGGGUGCUUGUUGUGCUCGCGGUAUCAGCUGGUACGCUUUAUUGGACCAUCUGUGACGCAGUGUCGCAGUUUGGGCUGAUGGUAAUAGGCGUUUUGCAAUGGAUUUCAAGUGUCCGCUCUGUGAGGCGUACUUUUUAAGUAAGGAGUUGCUAGACAAGCAUGUAAAGGAUGCACACACGACGUACUAUUACGACACGUACCUAGUGGUACCUCUUGUCUUGAAUGAUCUUAGCACGAUCGGUACGACGACCGCCGUUGUUACCACCGCGCCUGUGCCGGGAGGAACCGAUGCGACGCUGGAGAUGGAGGACGAUGGGUGUUGCUGUGGUCUGUGUGACUGUGACUGUGACUGUUGUGACUGUGGCGAUUGUGGCUGCGGGCUAUGUGAUUGCGAUUGCUCCUGUUCUAUCAUGUGAGCCGGUUGGCAUUCCCCCGGAUCUGCGAGCGCCACACUUCCUAUCGCUUCCGGUGAUCUGCUGAUGAUUAAGCCUAACGACGGUCAGCCACGGCCAGUGGUGGUGCUGUUAUGUUUGAUAAGACCCUCGAUAUCCGGGUGCCAUGUAAAACAUCGUACAACAGAAAUGGUGCAGGUCCCUUUUAAGAGAAUGCUCUCCCAACUGUUUACCUCAAUUGAGUGCAUUCAACGAGAAGCCAUUAAACGUGUUCAUCUAUUUUAAGCGAGGAGAUUGUAGGGACGCGUUGAAGAAGGUAUUUAAAAUCGGGUGGAUUUCUGGUUAAAUGAUUAAGCAACGAUUGAUUGAAGAAAGAUCAAUCAGUUUCAUCCACUAUUGCCAUUAUUUGGGAUUAUUUUUAUAACUUUGUGUUAAAUAAACAUCCAUA